CUGCCAGCGCCACCAUGUUGGAUCAGGAAGUGGACAGAGGCUACACAGGAAUUCCGAGACGAGCUUAACGUCAACGACGCCGUCUGUAGUUGAUCGUUCCACCUUUUCCCCAUUUUCACCCAUAACUUUUAGGUUACAUGCUGCUCGGCUUUCUGUCUAAUAGAAAUAGACACUUGUCUUCAUAUUUAGUCGUCGUGCAGCCCCCAUUAUGACUUCGCUCACGCAGAGGACCUCGGGCCUCGUCCAACGGAGGACCGACGCCAUUCGCAGCGCCGCCGCCGAUAAGGAGAAGGAGUCUGGCGGUGAGGAAGAUGAGGCCCGUCGCGGUGAAGAAGAAGACGACGACAAAGGGGACUCGAAGGAAACGAGGCUCACGCUCAUGGAGGAAGUGUUGCUCCUGGGCCUAAAGGACCGAGAGGGCUACACGUCUUUCUGGAACGACUGUAUUUCUUCCGGGCUUCGCGGAUGCAUGUUGGUGGAGCUGGCUCUAAGAGGGAGAUUACAGCUAGAAGCCUGCGGUGUGAGGAGGAAAAGUCUGCUUGCAAGGAAGGUCAUCUGCAAGUCUGAUGCUCCAACGGGAGAUGUGCUACUGGAUGAGGCGUUGAAGCAUAUUAAAGAAACUCAACCUCCAGAGAGUGUCCAGAGCUGGAUAGAGCUACUGAGUGGAGAGACUUGGAAUCCCCUAAAGCUGCACUACCAGCUGAGAAAUGUCAGAGAACGUCUGGCAAAAAACUUAGUAGAGAAAGGUGUUCUCACCACAGAGAAACAGAACUUCUUGCUUUUUGAUAUGACCACGCAUCCACUCACCAACAGUUCAAUUAAGCAGCGUCUUAUCAAGAAGGUCCAGGACUCCGUUUUGGAGAAGUGGGUCAACGAUCCCCAUCGCAUGGACAAGCGGGUUCUAGCCCUGAUCCUUCUGGCUCACUCAUCCGACGUUCUUGAGAACGCCUUCGCCCCACUCCAAGACGACCAGUACGACCUGGGCAUGAAGAGAGUCCACGCUCUGCUUGAGCUGGAGCCCGAGAAAGAGAGUGCAAAGCCCAACGCCAAUGAACUAAUGUGGGCUGUGGUGGCUGCAUUCACUAAAUGAAAACACCUGUUUGGUUGGACUGAAAGAUCUGGCUAUGGUCUGUGUUAUUUAAUUGGUUGAAGGACUUAAUGAGACAGACUUCACUUUAAUGAGACAAUCUAUUCUGGUUGAGGAGCCUGUUUAUACAUCUAUUCUGGAUGACAUUUUGGUGGUAGUCCAUAUUAACACAGUGCAGUUUGAUUGGUAGUGGGCUUCACCAAGUAACAGUUGAUUGGAUGGAAAAGGUCUUAAUUAAAAACGAUGGGGUGCUUUUGGAUAAGUGAGGUAAGUUACCUGCCACUGCGAAGAUGGGAUUUUUUCUUUUUUUUUUUUUAACAUCCACACUACAAGCAGAUGGGUUUCUGUUAUUCUAAGAUGACAUCAGAAAAUACAGCAGGUGGCAACGGUAGUCACGGUGAAUAUGAAGAUAUUGACUGGGGCCAAGUUUCAGCUCUACAACUUCAAAAACAAGAACAAAAGAUCACCUCUCCGUUACUUUAGGAUCUGGCCAGAGCCUGAAAACUGGUCUCUUCAAUCUCACACACUCGUGCAAGGAUAUAU